CAUAAUUAAGCCGGCAGAUUAGCCCCACCGCUGCAACACUCUCAAGAGAGUGACAUAAUUUCGGAAGCCUCACUUUUUUUCCCUCUUUUCUUUUUCGAAACCCCCGUACUGGCUACGACGCCCCACAAAAAGCGGCCAAAAAACCAAAGUAGAAGGUAAUUCCGAUUGCUCUUUCGCUCCCUCUCGCAGAUCCAUAACUUCUGCAGUUUACUUUUGAUACUGCCUAGUGUGAAAGAAACUAGGGAAAAAGUUGGAAGGAAAAUGCCGAGAGAAAUUAUCACACUGCAAGUGGGACAAUGCGGGAACCAGAUUGGGAUGGAGUUCUGGAAACAGCUGUGCCUCGAACACGGUAUCAGUAAAGAAGGCAUUCUUGAAGAUUUUGCUACUCAGGGAGGUGAUAGAAAAGAUGUAUUUUUCUAUCAGGCAGAUGACCAACACUACAUACCUCGAGCAUUAUUGAUGGAUCUGGAGCCCAGAGUGAUUAAUGGUAUACAAAAUGGUGAAUAUAGGAAUCUCUACAAUCAUGAGAAUGUGUUCAUUGCAGAUCAUGGAGGAGGUGCUGGAAAUAAUUGGGCAAGCGGAUAUCAUCAGGGUAAGCAAUAUGAGGAGGAUCUAAUGGACAUGAUUGACAGGGAAGCAGAUGGAAGUGAUAGUCUUGAGGGUUUUGUUCUAUGCCAUUCGAUUGCCGGUGGAACUGGCUCAGGUAUGGGUUCAUAUCUGUUGGAGACUCUGAAUGAUCGCUACAGCAAAAAACUUGUCCAAACCUACAGUGUCUUUCCUAACCAAAAUGAGACAAGUGAUGUGGUUGUACAACCUUACAAUUCCCUAUUAACACUCAAGCGCCUGACAUUGAAUGCGGAUUGUGUAGUUGUACUUGAUAAUACUGCACUCAAUAGAAUUGCUGUAGAACGCCUGCAUAUUACGACUCCCACCUUUACUCAAACAAAUUCAUUAGUGUCUACUGUAAUGUCAGCCAGUACAACUACAUUACGCUACCCAGGAUACAUGAACAAUGACUUGGUUGGCCUCCUUGCUUCUUUGAUACCUACACCAAGAUGCCAUUUCCUUAUGACUGGAUAUACACCACUCACUGUGGAACGUCAAGCUAAUGUGAUUCGGAAAACAACUGUACUUGAUGUGAUGAGAAGGCUCCUUCAGACCAAGAAUAUCAUGGUUUCCUCCUAUGCUCGAACAAAGGAAGCCAGUCAGGCUAAGUACAUAUCCAUUUUAAACAUCAUCCAAGGAGAAGUUGAUCCCACUCAGGUCCAUGAAAGUCUGCAGAGGAUAAGGGAGAGAAAGCUUGUUAAUUUUAUUGAGUGGGGCCCUGCAAGCAUUCAGGUUGCUUUAUCUAGAAAGUCUCCUUAUGUCCAAACUGCUCAUAGGGUUAGUGGUCUCAUGCUAGCCAGCCAUACAGGUAUCCGCCACUUAUUCAGCAAGUGUUUGACCCAGUAUGAUAAAUUGAGAAAGAGACAAGCCUUCCUUGACAAUUAUAGGAAUCAUCCAACGUUUGCCGACAAUGAUCUAUCUGAGUUUGACGAAUCUAGAGAUGUGAUAGAAAGUCUUGUUGACGAGUACAAGGCUUGCGAGUCCCCAGAUUACAUCAAAUGGGGAAUGGAGGAUCCCGACCAUGUUCUAACAGGUGAAGGAAACGCUAGUGGAACGGUUGAUCCAAAAUUAGCUUAAUGAGCAAGCCAACCAUUCCCUGUUUCAACUCUGCAGGGAAAAAAAUCAAGGAGACUUUGUUCUAUGUAAUUAUCUCUAUAAUUUAACCCUUAUUAGUCUUCUGUACUUCGUGAGAAGGAGGAAAAUUAAAUUUGGGAGUCAUUUGGUCUUGUUAACAUUAGCAAAUUUAUGGUAAGAUGUGAAAUUGUUCUAGAGAAUCUCCGGCAAUGAAGUACUGUUUCAUAUAAAUUUUGAGCAUAACAAUCUUAUGAACCCUUGUAACUAAAUUCCCUCCUUCACAAGAAAUCUUUUACAUAUCCAAA